CACACCGCGGAUGGAGGAGGAUCCUCCCAUCAUUAAAACGCCCAAGACGCCAAAGACGCCAAAGCCUCAAGCCAAACCUGAUGGCAGUGGAACCAAGGCUGCGGCGGAUCCGUCUAAGCCGUAUAAUGGACCACUGAAGCUUCCGCAUUUGGGCUCUUCGUUGGAAGCCAUCAUGCUCGAAACGCAGGGGAGGAUGCAGCAUAACCGCAAUGUCUUAUUCUCGGCGGCUAGCCUUAAAAGCGCUGCAUUGCUUCUCCCAAUGGCAUGCCAAAUGGCCACAGAGCGUCAGAGCUAUGUGCAUUUCGCCCUGAUGAGCAGGAGUGAUAUUUCCAUCAAGGAGUUGCUGGCCAUCAACGGCAUUGACAAGUCAUGUCCCCUGGUUAUGCACGGUACGACGAACUCUCUGGCAUUGUACUGUCUUUUGUGGAGUAGCUGGUCUUGUUCUAACAGAGAGUCAGAUUACAUCAACCUCUACAUGCACCCACAAGCAAUCAUCAUAGACUCUUCAUCUACUGAAGAAAGCUAUUUUCUCUCCGGUAUUCGUGAUAAGAUCCGAGACACAGAAGCUACGUUGAUCGAACUCUCGGAGAAGACAGCCCAGCGAUUCUCAUGGUUGUCGAAGCUUGACUCUUCUGCUUUAGCAGCUUGGAAUGAGGUCAAUCUUGAUAUUAUUAUCCAGGCUCCUCAGCAUGGCACAGGCAAUCUCAAGCGGUUACUCAGGUCUCUUGCUCGAGCGGAUUUGGCUGGAGUCUCUCCGCCCCAUUUAACCAUCGAGCUUCCAUCAGUGGUCGAAGACGACCUAACCAACUUCUUGAACGGUUAUGAAUGGCCACCAAAGGUUCACGGCGUGGCUCCUAAAACAAAGCUGCUGUCGCUUCGCCACCGCAUCCCUCGACAGAAAAUGACUGAAGAGGAGAGCGCUGUCAGAUUCUUGGAGUCGUUUUGGCCAGCCAAGCCCUUUCACUCCCAUGUUAUAGUGCUAUCGCCUCAUACUGAGAUUACAUCUCAGUUUUUUCACUAUGUCAAAUAUUCGAUCCUGCAGCGGCGAUACGCGACCAUUGCCAACCGACAACACUGGGAGAAUAAACUCUUCGGCAUCAGUCUCUCGGCACCCACGGCGUAUCUCGACGAUGUCACUCCCUUCACGCCACCAACGGCGCUAGAGGGACAGGAGUCUGAUGUAGAGGGCACGCCUUUUCUUUGGCAGGCUCCCAGCAGCGAUGCGAUUCUCAUUUUUGGCGACAAAUGGGUAGAGCUUCAUGGCUACGUAUCUCAGCUGCUGGAGAAGCAGCAUGCUUCAUCCACAACGCCGGAUCUUUUUGCCAAGAAGAAGGUUGGUAAAAAGCAUCCCGCUUGGCUGGAAUACAUUCUGCAGCUCUCGCGGCUUCGAGGAUACUUCACCCUCUACCCUACCCGUCAGACCGCCAAUACCAUAGUCGGCGUCCACACAGAUCUUCAUGAUGUACCGGAAGAAUACGACGAAGAGAAAACUGCUGAGCAGGAACAAGAUUCUGUCAAGCUCGCCUUGGGCAGAUUUGACCCUGCAUCACAUGUAGAUAUGCUAGCUACGCUUCCGCAUGAUGGCGACAUGCCACUCCUUUACCACUUGCCGUGGCUGACCUGGGAUGGCAAAGACACGGAUGACGGCGCCAUUGCGAGGACUGCAGCAAAAUAUACGCAAGCCUUCCGUGCACAGAUCGGAGGAUGUAAGGAUGAGAGCGCGGGGCUUCUUCCGGCAGCCGAGCCGUAUGCUAGAGAUUUGUUCUGUUUUACCAAUGGUAGAUAAACUUUGGAUUGGGGUAUGGCGCAAGGCGAAUUUGUACGGGCAUUUGGAGUUAUUUGAUGUUAUCAUGGCGGAGUUGUUGUCAUAUAUGUGUAAUUUAUAUUUCAUGUUGUUUUGAAUCAAUGGGCUAAUAUUUGCACAACUUAUCAAGAGCUUUGUAUUGAGCUUUGUGUUCCCAAGGGCAUAAAAAAAAAAAAGAUUCAGCAAAAGAAAGAACCAUUUCGCAAUGUUGUCCGUGUCAUUUUUGACGCACUUUGUCUAUAACAAGAAGUAUGAUGCACGUCCCGAUAAUAGAAAAGGCAAUGAAGCCCAAAAU